GUGGUCGGGGGCGCCGACCCCGCCGCCAGCUUCUCCGACGCCCGCCUCCUGGAGCUGGUGACUGGAACCGUUUGCCACAACGCCAGCCUUGUCCGUUGCCUGGCAGGUGUGCUCAGGUGGGCCCCGCCGCGCUGGACAGGGCUCCUGGCCCGGUACGAGCACGCCACCUUCGUGCCAGCCGGCCGCCCGUGCAGCCUGUGGGUGUUCGGCGGGGCCGACCAGGCGGGGAACAGGAGCAGCGUGCAGGUGCUGAAUGCAGAAUUGGGAACCUGGGAAAGUCCUGAGGUGACUGGCACUCGGCCGCUCCCAAGGACGUUUCAUUCAUCGUCGGCUGUUGUAGGAGACUGCUUGUACGUGUUUGGAGGAGGAGAUAAAGGAGCGGAGCCUGUUAAAGAUCAACGGCUUCAUGUUUUUGAUACAGCCACUCUGACUUGGUCACAGCCAGAAGUGCACGGGGAUCCUCCUGCAUCUCGGCAAGGGCAUGCAGUUGUUGCAGUUGGGAGCAGGCUCUUCUUGCACGGGGGGCUAGCUGGUGAAAAUUUUUAUGACGAUCUCUUUUGCUUGGAUACAAGUGAUAUGAAGUGGGAAAAGGUACCAGCGACUGGUGAUGUCCCAGGAGGACGGGCAGCACACUCAGCUGCUGCCUUUAAGGACCAUUUUUACAUUUUUGGUGGAGUAGACCCAACUGGGGCACUGGAUACAAUGUACAGAUAUCACAUAGAAAAACAGCAUUGGACGCUGCUAGAAUUUGAUUCCCCCUUGCCCCCUGGAAGGCUGGACCAUUCCAUGUGCAUAAUUCCAUGGCAAGUGUGUAACAGUGUGGAGAACAAUGUUUCAGAAGCUGCAACAAACAGAGACAAGUUUGAGAAGGAAGCAGCUGUUACAGUUGCUGAAGAAGGUGACCCAAGUCAGAACAAACAAAGUGGAAAAGGAAAUGUAGAAGACACACUGGUGUAUCUGUUCUUUGUGUUUGGGGGGAUGGAUACUCAAGGGGAAAUUUACAGGGACUGUCUUGUAUGUCUAGUUGAGUAAUGCAGGCUUCACUGCUUUUGUAUGUUUAACUAGUAACACUGUUCCAAUAAACAGGACUGCUGCAAACUGA